AUGUUAGCUGCAGAGAAAUCAUGGAGAAGGAGAUGCAUCAUAUUAUUAUCGUUUGUAAUAUUAUGUAGUAGUGUUUUUCCAGUUAGAAGUGUUGUUGGUGACAGUGAAUUGAACGACGUUGAUCAUGGAGUUUAUCAGCAGCGUUCGCCCCCUCCACUUAUUUAUGGUGCUUCUCCGCCGCCUACGCCAGUCUCCACUUUAUCUCCACCAUCACCAUCCGCUUCCUCAUCUCCGCCUGUUUAUGGGACACCUUUUUCGCCACCUAGAUCGCCUCCUGUCAUUCAUCCUACACCUCCGUCCGUUCAUGUCUCUUCACCGCACCCAGCAUUACCUCCGCCAAGUCCGCCCGUAUAUGCUGCUCCGACAACUCCAUCACCGCCAGUUACGCCUUUUAAUUACCCACCUCCACCAGUUUUUACGUCCCCUCCGACAGUUCCUCCACCAGUGUAUCAGGCUCCGCCAAUUCAGGAAUCACCAUUGCCGAUUGCUAGACCUUCUCCGCCUAUCAUUCAGACUCCCUUGAAACCCCCACCACCAUCACCUGUUGUUUAUAUACCUCAACCAACACCUCCACAAGUCCAGCAACCUCCACAAAGGCCUCCACCAGUGUACCAACCUCCAACAUCACCACCACCAGUAUAUCACCCUCCUCUCUCACCUCCAACAGCUCCGCAACCACACUUGAGCCCACCACCAGUUUAUAGGCCUCCCACACCUACUUAUGCACCUCCAACAUUCCCACCACCAGUAUAUCACCCUCCUCUCUCGCCUCCACCAGUUCAGCAACCACCCUUGAGCCCACCGCCAGUCUAUAGGCCUCCUACACCAACUUAUCCACCUCCAACAUUCCCACCACCAGUAUAUCACCCUCCACUCUCCCCUCCACAAGUCCAGCAACCACCCUUGAGCCCACCACCAGUCUAUAGACCUCCUACGCUGACUUAUCCACCUCCAUCAUUCCCACCACCAGUAUAUCACCCUCCACUCUCCCCUCCACAGGUGCAGCAACCACCCUUGAGCCCACCGCCAGUCUAUAGACCUCCUACGCCGACUUAUCAACGACCAACUGCACCACCACUGGUCCAGAGACCGCCUACACCAACUUUUCGACCAGCACCGAUCCAAAGACCUCCUACACCAACUUACCAGCGACCAACAUUACCGCCACCAGUCAGGAGACCUCCUACACCCACUUACCAGAGACCAGCUUCACCCCCACCAGUCAGGAGACCUCCUACACCCACUUACCAAAGACCAGCUUCACCCCCACCGGUCAGGAGACCUCCUGCACCCACUUAA